AUGGCUGUCGUUAGUGUUACGAAUGGGUUUCGGUCAUUACUUUUUUUAACUGAAAGUGCAUUAAAUUUUCGACACAUAUCUUCUUCUAGAUUUAACAAAACCCCUUUUGGAAAGUUUAACUGGAUUGGUAAAAAGUUUACAGCAACAACUUCUGAAAAUGUUCAAGAUAAACCUCCUGAAGGAAAUGAAGGAGAAAAAUUAUCUGAAGCUGAAAAAAAAUUAAAAUCCGAUAUUGAAAAUUUAAACAAAGAAUUAGAAGCAGCAACGAAUAAAGCUGCUACAUUUGAAGACAAAUACAAAAGAUCACUUGCUGAAGGUGAAAAUUUGAGACUAAGGCUUACAAAACAAAUAGAAGAUGCUAAAUUAUUUGGAAUCCAAAGUUUUUGUAAAGAUUUAUUAGAGGUUAGUGAUAUACUUCAGAGAGCGACUGAAAGCGUACCAAAGGAAGAAAUCACGGAUAAAAAUCCACAUUUGAAAAAUUUAUUCGAAGGUUUAACAAUGACGGAAGCUCAAUUACAAAACGUUUUCAGAAGACACGGAUUGGUUCCCGUGAAUCCGUUAAAUGAAAAAUUCGAUCCCAAUUUACACGAGGCUUUAUUUCAACAGGAGGUGGAAGGGAAAGAAGCUGGAACCAUCGUAGUCGUAUCGAAAAUCGGUUAUAAAUUACACGAAAGAGUCAUCAGGCCAGCCCUCGUGGGAAUAGCAAAAUCUCCAUCUUAA